AUGCCUUCUACGCACAAACGCAGGGCUUCUUCUCCUGACGCAGCAACUGCCAAUGCUAGCAAGGUCACAAAGGUCGUCCAUGCAGAGACUACCGGCGACAAGGUGAACGACGACCUUGCCGUAUCGCCAUCCACUCGCAUCCGUCUGGACACCGAUCACCCUGGGGGUUCCUCUGAGAAUAAAGACCUCGAUGGCAGUAACGACCUCGAGGAUGAAACCACUCUCCAGCUGCACAUGGAGGGCGACCAUCCUCCUCCUCCCCCUACCGACAUGGAAGAGCGUUGCAAAAAGGCCUGGAUCGCCCUCUUCCACUACUACAACGAAUGCGUGGCGAACUGGAGGAAGGGCCGAUUUGCACGUCCUGGAGCUUUGGAGCUGCCUCUGCAGGCCACCUCGUUGCCCCAAAUGAUUUCCAGCCGUAUCAUCAAGGUCUUCCAGGACUCUGCUCUGUUGAAGGGCGGCGACCCCAAGGAGGAGACGGCCGAGCUGCUCUAUUGGAUGUUCCGUCUGAAACCGAUUGUCCGCAACGACGAACUGGUGCAAAUGCCACUGUUCGACAAGGUUCGCGACGCAAUACUCACAUACCGCAUUCCGGGUUCUGCUUUUCUCCCCGAUAACCAUGAGCGCGGCGCCAAGGCGAUGCUGGACAUCAAGUCACCUUGGAUGAUUGAAUGCGAGGGAGGUAUUGUCGAUGACCCCUCCCAGCACCACGAGCCAAGCAAACUCACCCUUGGCGACGGAAUCUCCAAAAGGUCACCCGAGGAAGAAAUAGAGCUGGCUCGCGAGAUUCUAUCGCUGGCACUGUACAUUAAAGACCUUCCUCCCAACUAG